AUGGCCACAGGUGUAUAAAAUCAAGCUCCUAGGCAUGCAAACUGCUUCUUCAAACAUUUGUGAAACAAUGGAUCACUCUCAGGAGCUCAGUGAAUUCAAACAUGGUACCGUGAUAGGUUGCCAUUUGUGCAAUAAGUCUAUCUGUGAAAUUUCCUUGCCACUAAAUAUUCCACAGUCAACUGUUAGUGGUAUUUUAACAAAGUGGAAGCAGCUGUGAACAACAGCAGCUCCGCCACGAAGUAAUAGACCACGUAAAAUGACAGAGCGGAUCCGCACAGACAUUGCCAGAUGUGUGCAGAGUGAAUAGCUAAGGGCCUCCAAACUUCAUGUGGACUUCAGAUUAGCACAACAACAUAGAGAGCUUCAUGGAAUGGGUUUUUAUGGCCAAGCAACUGCAUCCAAG